ACGUUUGGCAUCGGCCGAAAUCUUUCGAAGGAAGGGUGUGGAGUAAAUGAUAGUUUAACGUUAUUAAAACUUUUAUUUCUGUUUUUUUUUUAUGUUCAUUAUUUUGGGAUUGACAUUGGUUACUAGCUUGCGCUUCGUAGUCUAAUUAUCGGUUUUGUAGCAUUUGAACUAAUUUUAUUUGAUCAGCGGUUAGUUCUUCGUUACCGGUAUGUGCGUAAUUUAACAUGGAUGAAAAUAGCAACUGUUGAUUGUCUUGUGUAAUUUUUUUUUUGUAUCACUUGACUUUCUGUAUCCUGUCAAUUUUUACUUUACAAUAUGGGCUGUGCCGUAAGUUCUGCUGCGGAUAAAGAAGCUGUCGAAAGGUCAAAGAAAAUUGACAAAGAUCUUAGAGCCGAUGGAGAACGCCAGGCUCGUGAAGUUAAACUGCUCCUGUUAGGAGCUGGUGAGUCUGGAAAAAGUACAAUUGCUAAACAGAUGAAAAUUAUUCAUGAAGCCGGUUAUUCAAAAGAAGAAUGUUUGCAGUAUAAACCAGUAGUCCACAGUAACACAAUUCAAAGUUUAAUGGCCAUCAUAAAGGGCAUGGGUCAAUUAAAGAUUGAUUUUGCUGAUCCUGCAAGAAAAGAAGACUCCCGGCAGUUAUUUACAAUAGCUGGAGCCUCACAAGAUGCUGAAUUAACUCCAGAAUUGGCAGCAAUAAUGAAAAGAUUAUGGCAAGAUAGAGGAUUGCAGUUAUGCUUUUCAAGGUCGAGAGAAUAUCUCUUGAAUGAUUCUGCAGCAUACUAUUUAAACGCCCUGGACAGAAUAAGCCAACCUAAUUACAUUCCUUCCCAACAAGAUGUCUUGAGAACAAGAGUAAAGACUACUGGAAUUGUAGAAACACAUUUUACCUUUAAAGGAUUACAUUUCAAAAUGUUUGAUGUUGGUGGACAAAGAUCAGAGAGAAAAAAAUGGAUCCAUUGCUUUGAAGGGGUUACUGCUAUCAUCUUCUGUGUUGCAUUAAGUGGAUAUGAUUUAGUUUUAGCUGAAGAUGAAGAAAUGAAUCGUAUGACAGAAAGCAUCAGAUUAUUUGAUUCAAUAUGCAAUAAUAAAUGGUUUGUGGAAACUUCCAUUAUUUUGUUCUUGAACAAGAAAGAUCUGUUUGAAGAAAAGAUAACCAAAUCUCCACUGACAAUUUGCUUUCCUGAAUAUACUGGUAAUAACACUUAUGAGGAUGCAGCAGCAUACAUUAAAAUGAAGUUUGAAAGCCAGAAUAAGCGAAAGGAUACCAAAGAAAUUUACACACAUUUCACUUGUGCUACAGAUACUAACAAUAUCCAGUUUGUAUUUGAUGCAGUCACAGAUGUUAUUAUAAAAAACAAUCUGAAAGAUUGUGGUUUAUUCUAGUUAUAUAUUAUUGUGCCUUGAUGUGGCCUUAAAGAAAUGUCCUUUAAAGGGGCUUGAAUUGAAGAAACUCUUGGUACAGAAAGGAGUUCUUUUCUUUGUUGUAUUUUGAUUGAAAAAAGUGUAUUUUACUGCACUGAGAUUGAAAAGAACUUUACAUUCCUCUGUGUUUUCCAGACAAGCUCAUGGUAUUCUAAAAACUGUGCCAAUCACUUUUCUUCUAAAUGAUGUAAACAACUGUCUUCCCAUUUCUAAAAAAAAUUGGUGCCUCUUUACACAUAAAACCUUUAUUUUGUAUAUGCCAAAUGGAAUUUUUGUCCUGUGAAAUGUAUUUUGAUAUUGAACUUUAUAUCUUCCAUUUUGGUUAUCUAAAGCGUAUAUUUUUGACUGUCUACUAUUUUUUAAGUUUUAAAUGUGGAUAUUAGAAUAUAAUUCAGCAUUUCUGAAAAUGCAGCUUUGGUAUACAUAUUAGAAGGUUUUGUAGUCUGCUUAUAUCUUUUAAAUAUGCUGUUCUUUUUUUUUAAAAUUCCCAUCCUUGUAGUUUAUUUUGCUGAGACUUUAUUAGCUAGUUAAAGAUCACGAGAAAUAUGGCAAGUUUAAUUAUGAUUAUCUGACACUGUUAAUUUCAGUAUUUGAUCGUUUUUAUACACUAUGUAAUUAGUUUGUUACUUUCAUAUUGUUGCAUUUUUAUUUGAAUGCCAAAUUUUAAUUUUAAAUUAUUAUGAAUCACUGGUUUUUGAGUAUCAUUUUUUUGCUAUUUUAUGAUAGAAUUGAAGUGUGUAAUUUCAUGGAAAUCAUAAGCAGCAUGGUGUUGAAUACUUUAAGAAUUAUUUAAAUAAUAAUAAUAAAAGAAUAAUUUAAAUAAUAAUUUAAAUUUAUUGUAUUUAUGAGCAGAAAUUGUAGCCUGUCUAAGCUAUAUUAAGGAAAAUAAUAAUAAUAUUUUCCAUGUUUGUGUAAUUAUUAAUCAAAAGUUAUGACAGCCUUUCUUUUAACUGAAAAAUAUGAUUUCCAGAAUUAAUUAAUCCUUGAGCUUCCAUUAUUUGAAUUUCUGAAAAUAGAUAUGUAAAAUAUUGAAUCUGCAGAAGAUUAUCUGUGCAAGAUUUCACUUUAUUUGCUACAUUCACUUGUACUUGAUCACCUUUUUGAACUACAUUAAAGAUGUUAUUAUUUUGUUUCUAUUUCUUAAGAACAAAGAAAAAGUUGUCCACAUUGGAUGUUUAUAGAUUUUGAGAGAAAAAGAAUGUUCUGAAGGAAAUAUAAUAUCCUUGCCAGUGUCAUUUUUGGAAAUGAAAAUUUUCACUUGCCUACAAUUUUUUUCAUAUUUGUUGAUAAUAUCCAUUUAUGGAAGUUACUGUUGUGAAACAUUCAUGUUAUGUUCAUAAACAAAAACAAAAUUGCCAAGAUUUCGACUGUUUAUAGUGGUGGAUACAUAAACUGGUUGUAAUUUGUUAAAGUGAAAUUCUGAAACAUCUAGAAUGGGCAUUUUGCCAUUCUAGUGGCCAGUUUGCUUUCAUUGACAUGUGUUCCUUAGAAUAACUUACUGCCUUGUUUUUCUAAUGGUCAUCCAGUGCACCUUUUGAGAAUUCUUUUGUGUCUGUUGUAUUAUUUAUGUACUAUACAUUGUGUAUGGGCGUGAUUGAUUCAUUCUGUUUAUGGUAGUAAUAUUGUAUGAAAACGUUUGUAGAUACAGUUGAGUUGGUGUUUUCGUUAUUGCUUUGGUUUUCAGUGAAAUUAAAUGUUUAAGUAUGCUCUUAUAUCUUAAUCUAAUUAAAUUAAUUGUUUUGCACCAAAACAAGUAUAAUAAUUCAUUGUCUAUUUAAUUUAUUAAAAGAAAUUUAUUUAUUUCAAUUAUUCAUCAAGAUUGUUUUAUUUCCCAUGGUAAUGAUUUUUGGCAGAAUUUUCUUUCGCCUUUCAAAAAUGAAUGGCGGGAAAAAAAAGUUGUCUGUAAAUAUUGAAAGAUAUUGAUGGGAGAAAAUUUGAAAUUCUUCCACUAAAUUGAAAUUAAUUUCAUUUUAAAUUUGUUUUAUACCCGAUUAAAGAAAAAAACUUAUAUUGAUAAAUAAUUGUACCUUUUCAUUAUCUGUUGCAACGAAACACAGACUAUUUCCAAAAAAUAAAAAUUUGACAGACUGUGUGAAUUUGUCACAGUUUUUAACUGAUUACAUCUCAUCAUUUCAUCUAUAAUUUCAGUAUUUAUAUUUUCACCAUAUAUUCAGGGUGAACAAAUUUUGGUGCUGAAAUUAUAUAUUUUUGUAAAAGAGUAUAAAUAUUUUUACAUUGAAUGUUUUUUUUACUAACCCUAUCAUCAAAAAUAGCUAAAGAAGAAUUACUGCUGAUAUAAUUUUUUAAUUAUUUGAAUAUGAAAUUAUAUUUUGACUGCAAAUAUUUUGCUGAUGUAUCUGUGUAUUAUUAGUUAGUAUCCAAAAUAUUUUGAAAUUUUUUCUGAAAUUAUAAAAAUAUGGCUUGUAUUUUAGUUUUCCUUUCUGUGAUGUUUUCUGCUCCAAUUAUUUUGUAUUUAAAAUUUUUAUUUUCAUCUUUAUUAUGUAAAUACAAACUGCAUUUAUCUACACUGACAUUCCUGUGCUUAAAACUAUACAUAUGAAGACA